UGUUUCAAUCAAAUUCUAUGUUAUUAUUCGUUUCGACCGACGGGACCUUCGUCGAGUACUGCUCCCUCCAACACUCUCUUUCGACUAUUUUAUUUUCGUAAAACCAACCAUCCUUUAAAAUGAUUAACCUCUAAACAAAUCCUUAAAGUCACGUUUGAUUCUCUCAAUUAUUUUCCUCCUUUAACACUCUUUUAUAAGUUUAUUACUUUAUUAUUAUUUAAAAAAAUAAAUCAACAUUGAAAACCCCUUAAAACCACAUCACACUCCAAAAACCCAUCAUUCAAACAAAGACAAAAACAAAAACCAUUUUACUAACAAAAAAAACUAAAAAAGAAAAAGAAAACAGAGAGCAUGAAACAAAACCAGAACAAGUUCUUGAGGAUAAUCUCAACGCCUCUUCGAGCUUUAGGCAAGGCACGUGAUCUUUACGUGAGAAGCAUCACCGGUUGUGCAGCUAAGACUCACUAUUCCUCCUCCGCCUCAGUCUCAGCUUCUUUUGGUAGGAGCCGGAGCUCCUCCUCCGCCGCCUUCUCAUCCUCCGCGUCUUCCCGGAGAACCACAGAUUUCGGGAUAGAUGAAGAUUACAGCGAGCUAGUGAGAGCAGCGUCGGUAAGGAGUUUAGGGCACAAGAGUGAGAUAGACAUGUUGAUACAAGAGAAGCUGCAGCAGCAGAAGCAACAGAGGCAAGGAGGAGGGUUGCCUAAGAGCUCGAGCGUUGGGAUGGCGAGGAUAGAGGAAGAUGAAGAAGCAGAGGAAGGAUCUGUGAAUCCCAAGAUGAAGAAGGCUAAGAAAGUCUCUGAUCUUUUGUAUCCUCGUAGCAAAUCCUACGCUGUUACUAGCAGCCCUAAAUUGUAAUUUCUUCUUCUUGAUUUUAAUUAGUAUCUUUUGUGGAUUGAUUUAUCAUUUUUUUAUAGCUCCCUUUUGUGCUUCGUGAAUAAUGAUAUUAGAAGUAGCUAAACCUACUCUCGCUUCAACUCUUA